AUGCCAGAGCUAGACCAGUCAACGCCUCCUGCUACUGGCAACAAGAGCACGACUGCCAAUUCCUUGAAAGUAGCUCCUGAGGGAGCUCCGUCCGUCGCUUUUGGCGAUAUUGGUCGAGAUGUUGAGCGCCAAGAUGGUGGCGUAGAAAAGGAGCGAGCCACCGCUGACGGGCCACCUGAAGGAGGCUUCGAAGCCUGGACAGUUGUGUUGGGGGCGUGGUGUUGUUCAUUCUGUUGUUACGGAUGGAUCAAUAGUAUUGGGAUAUUUCAGGCCCACUAUGAAACCCAUCAGUUGAAGAACUAUUCCUCAAGCACCAUAUCUUGGAUCACAUCCCUGGAAAUCUUCUUCAUGCUGUUCAUGGGACCCAUCGUGGGGAAGCUCUAUGACAGUUAUGGACCUCGAUAUGUCUUGCUCGGUGGAUCCUUAUUACAUGUCUUCGGCUUGAUGAUGGCAUCAAUCUCGCAUAAAUAUUACCAAUUCCUUCUGUCACAGGGAGUGGUCAGUGCCAUAGGGGCAUCUGCUGUCUUUACACCCUCCCUCAGUGCUGUUGCUACAUGGUUUCACCUCAAACGUGGUCAUGCCUUCGGGAUAACAAUGAGCGGUUCGAGUACAGGCGGAAUCAUCUUUCCUAUCAUGAUCAACCACCUAAUUCCUAAGGUCGGGUUUGGAUGGUCUAUGAGAAUCGCCGCCUUCAUGAUCCUCGGACUGCUCAUCAUUGCCAACCUGACGGUCAAAACGCGUACUUCACCUCAUCCGCAGCCACCCAUCACCCUUAAGGAGUUCAUCGCACCCCUCAGGGAAAAAACCUUCGUCCUCACAGCUGCGGGCAACUUCCUAUUUACAUUUGGCUUAUUUAUUCCCAUUAACUACAUCAUUACACAGGCCAUUUCUGGGGGCAUGUCGACGAACUUGGCUAACUACUUAGUUCCCAUACUGAACGCGGCGAGCUUGUUUGGACGAAUCAUCCCUGGUAUCCUCUCGGACAAAUUGGGACGAUUCAACAUCUUCAUCGUAGUUUCAUUUCUUACCGCAAUUCUCAUCCUGGCCCUAUGGAUUCCAGCAUCCAGCAAUGCUGCCAUUAUCACCUUUGCUGCGCUCUUCGGAUUCUCCUCCGGCGCCUUCAUCUCUUUGGGCCCCGUGCUUAUCGCUCAGAUCUCCCCCAUUCAUAAGAUCGGCAUGCGACAGGGUCUGCUUUUCGGCAUGAUGUCUGUUGGCGCUCUGACCACGAGUCCCAUCGGUGGAGCCAUUGUAUCUUCAGACAAUGGUAGCUAUUGGGGCGUAAAGGUUUUCGCCGGAGUCAUGUGCGCCGUUGGAUCUGUCUUAGCGCUCCUAGCACGAUUCUCGGCCGCUGGCUUCAACCCCAGGACGAAGUUUUAG